AUGCAUUUGUUUACAAUUUUCUCAGCCCUAUGUCUCGGCACUGGGGUUCUUGGCUCCCCGGCUAAUCUGUCUCGCCGUGCAAGUAGGACCAGUGCGCCGUCCGGUUGCUUGACGGUCGGGACUGGAGGCACGUACAGUACAAUCGGUGGUGCUCUCACUGCCCUUGGCUCUGCUACUACGUCCGCAUGCAUCUAUAUCGCCAGUGGUACCUACACAGAGCAGCUAAAAAUCAACUAUGCGGGUACGCUCACCUUGUAUGGCCAAACAUCCAACACCGGGACAUACAAAAGCAACACGGUCACGAUUACACACACAAUCUCAUCUCCCGAGGCUGGGACGCUUGAUUUAAGCGCCACGGUUAAUGUGGUCUCUGAUGGAUUCAAGAUGUAUAACAUCAAUGUGGUCAACGGGUACGGGAAAGGUUCCCAGGCCGUCGCAUUGGUCGGCAACGCCGAUAAGCUUGGUUUCUACGGCUGCCAAUUCUCCGGAUACCAGGACACUCUGUACGCCAAAGCCGGAACGCAGUACUACUCAAACUGCCUGAUUGAAGGGGCCGUCGACUAUAUCUUCGGCGAUGCAUCGGCCUGGUUUGGCGAGUGCGAUAUUGUAUCUAAUGGGGCUGGUUAUAUCACCGCCAACUCGCGAGAAACUUCGGAUGAUACGGCAUGGUACGCUAUUGACAACUGCAACGUGCAGGCCGCAUCUGGUACCGAUCUUGAUGGUGAUGUCUAUCUCGGUAGGCCGUGGCGGGUACUUGCGCGAGUGAUUUAUCAAAAUUCGGAGCUUGGCUCUUUGAUUAAUUCGAAGGGGUGGACUACGAUGGCGGAUGGUGCGACGCCGUUUUAUUAUGAGAUUAAUAAUACGGGAGAUGGGGCUGAUACAUCGGCGAGGUUGUAUGAGAGUAGUACUUCUGCGGCAGUGACGAAGAAUACUGUUCUAGGGAGUGGAUGGAAGGAUUGGAUUGAUACCAGUUAUUGA